GUACACAACCCAAAUCUUAUACAUCGACCGAAAUUAUUCCAAUGCCAUCUACCUCAAAUGGUGAAAACAAUGUAUAUAGUAGCAGUACUUCUGGUGAUGGUUUCAACUUGCCUAACAUCUAUCCAACUAACAACGAUUUACUUGAAGGUGACGGUGAGUUAGAUAGUACUAACCCUUUUCCAGCUAUAUUUUCAGAUUCAGAUAGUGAUCACGGGGAUACCGAUCGCGGCAGUGAUGAUGAAGAUAUCACAGCGUGUUGGGAGGAAGCCUGGGCCUUCAUGGGUAAAUUAUCACCCAUUGAAGGCCUGAGAACAUGGGCUAUUGUUAAAAACGUGCCGCGAACGACGCUCAAUUUACUUUUGGCGGUCUUGCGGAAUUUGUAUCAUUUAGACGUUCCAAAAGAUGCGCGGACAUUCCUCAAAACCCCCACCGAGGUCGGUUUGGAAGUACAAACGAUCUCGGGCGGUGAAUUUUGGUACCAAGGGAUUGAGACGGUCCUACGCAACUAUUUUAGGUAAGUGCUUAAAAAUUUUUAUUUAUUGGGUUGCAUAGUGUUCCUAAUUUAUUUUUUUCCUUUCUUACAGAAAUACCAUUCCCGAACACGACACUUUAAAAAUACAAAUGUCGAUCGACGGGCUUCCCCUAUUUAAGAGUUCCACUAAGCAAUUGUGGCCAAUUCUAAUAUGGGUGGAAAGUUUGCCUGAGGCUCCGGUAAUUGCCUGAGGCUCCGGUAAUGCUUGUCGGGCUUUUUUGCGGACAAACUAAACCGGGGCUGGUGGAAGAGUUCUUAGGCCCACUAGUGGAGGACUUUAAUAGACUCCAAGAAACAGGCUUGCGGUUCGGCGACAAAGUGGUACGCUUAUUACCAAGCGCAUUUGUCGCCGAUUCUCCAGCGCGGGCAUUUGCUAAAGGUAUGCAAAGCACUAUUGUUAUGAAAAUUAAGAAUAUUUUUUUAUUUUAUGUUAUGUUUCUUUCCAGGUACAGUUUACUUUAAUGCAGCGCAUGGGUGCUUAAAGUGUACCUGUGUAGGGGUACACCUCAACUCGGAGCACAAAAUGAUUUUUGAAUCCGUGGACGCCGAACUGCGUACGGACGUCGGCUUUAAACAACGAGUAGACAAAGACCACCACAAACCAUGGCGAUCACCAUUAGAAAAGCUCAAAAAUUUUAAUAUGAUCGACGGUGUUCCCUACGAAGGUCUCCAUCAGUUUGAUCGCGGGGUGACCCUAAAGCUUGUUCUAGGGUUAUACGAGGGAAUUUUUGAAAAUUUUGAAAAGUGGUCACCCCGACAAAAGGAAGCCGUGAAUACUUUUUUGAUAAAGACACGGCUUCCUUCGGAAGUGAAUCGCCCUAUGCGAUCCUUCCGCUAUCGCCAUUUUUGGAAGGCCACCGAAUUUCGGUCCUUCCUUCUUCAUAUUAGUAUUGCGGUCUUGAAGGAUUUUAUGUCUUUUGAUGCAUUCAAUCACUUCUUGUGCUACUUUUGCAGUGUGACGAUUUUUAAUUCAACGGCACACAAGCAUCUUUGGCCUCUUGCGGAAAAGUUCUUAUACAACUUUGUAAAGAACUUUCCGCAGUAUUAUGGUCGAGCCCAUAUGACCAGCAACGUUCACAAUCUCCUGCACGUGUCAGGAGACGUUAACAUGUUUGGAGCGGUUCCUGAAUAUUCCGCAUAUCGGUAUGAGAAUUAUCUUCAAAUUGUACGCCGAUAUGUGAGAUCGGGCACGCAUGUAGUAACACAGGUAGCCGGCCGUAUGCAAGAAAUUGCAUCAGUGCAAGUGGCUACCAAUCGUGUUACUCAAACAUACCCCCGGUUGAAGGGCAAUGGUGCCGGUAUACACGUAACCGCCGAUUUUGUCCUACUGCCAAACUUUAAGGAUCAAUGGUUUUUAACCACCGAAAAUGGCAUUAUAAAAUUUUUAGAAGCGAAGAGGAUUUCUUCGCUGUUGUACACCGUAAUUGGAAUCCAGUAUGAAACCUGGACGGAACAGUUUAGUGCGUCGGUAGACGGUGAUCAGUUAUCGUCUACCGACCUACACAUCUAUAAGAUAGAUGAAAAUGGUCCAUCCAGGUCGGUGGAAAUACCACAUUAUGCGAUCAAGUGCAAAUUUGUUGCACUUCGCCUACCCUCUACUUCCUUUAAACAUCCUGAUCCGCAACUAUCUUCCAGUCUAAUCUCCUUAACUCCCCUUCUUCAUACUUUUUAAUAAACUAACUGUAUCAACUAACAUAUUUCAUGUAACCCGUCACUAACUGUCCUGUUUUCUGAUUAACAUUUUUAUUAAUUUAUUAUUGCCUAUAUUUUAAGUUCUAUUCCUUUUUUAAUUUAUAUGAUCGCAUACGAUGUGUUUCCAUCACUAUACUGGAUCUUUGUUGCCCGAUUUAACGUGGGCCGACCACUUUUACCGCUUUGUGCAUUAUAAAGCUCACAAUGGUCAUUUGUUAAGGUUUUUUUUUAAUAACAUGGUUAGGCCAGAUUAGUAUAUUAACACGGUUAGGUUAAGUAGUAUAUUAGAUAGUAUUAGAAUAGCAGAUUUUUUAUGGGGAGCCAAUGACCAUUGUUGGUACAUAGCUUUAUGUUUGCCAUGCGGGGCCCCAUGCACUGUAAUGCCCGCGUUUCCGCAAGUCUUGUACUAGUGAGGUGUUGAGAUCUCUAAUUAAGAGCUGCUGUGUCCUCGUGAUCAUGGAAGCAGGAUUUUUAUGGUAGGAUAUGAGUGACGUUUGUUUUAAUUCUUUAAUUGUUUAAUUUUUUUUUUGUCUAUUUGGAUUCUACCCAUUUCGACUAACAAACUAAUACACUAACAUGCUCUGCAAAGGGAUGGGAUCCGAAGCCCCUUUGAGGGAUAAUAGAGGCUCUCCCAUUCAACUCCUAUUCCGACACGUCCUUGUCGUGCAGAGUGUUAACAUGUGCCAGCCAAGCUACGAUACACGGACUAGUUUGCAACUACUCGGGCGGAUGGUGGCACAUGGCAAAUCGGAAAGGGGAUUGUAAGGGAAAGUAAUUGGGAUGUUUCAAUGCCUGGCGGGAUAAAAUAAAUUAACACAGGGAUACAUUAACAUUAAACAAGGUGCAAGAGACAUUUUAUUUAUAUGAAAGGGAAUUAUUAUUAAACAGUUUAAAUAUGCUCGUGGGGUUCAUUUUUAUGUUCCAGGAAACUUUUUUAACAUGAAGUAUAACGACAGUAGAGGAAAGAUGGAUCGAUAACGAGUACUGUAAGUUAAUGUUUAUAAUUAAAGUCAAAGGACUUGCGUGGAACAAAUUGAUGUGACAUUCAUAAGUUUUAAAAAUGACUUAAUUCUUAACAUUUAAGAAAUCGCACGGCAAAUGUUCGUGUUUAAUUUAGAUUAUUUUUUAUUUUACUUUUUUAGGUAACCAGACAUCAACUUUACCGCGAAGACUGACUUUAUUCUGGCGGGGAAAAUUUAUAGUUCCUUCUCUCAUGCCCGGUGGGCACCCGGAUGCUUUUACCGUUGAUUAAGGAUAUCUACCAGGUGAGUAAAUCUUGUGAUUCAAUUGACUGAUAUUUAACCCGGUUCGUCACUUUUCUCCCAGUAGGCUAUUUGCGUCAAAUCGAACGGUGCUUCGUGCUGUGAAUGCGGCUCACUUUGUGAAUAUCGUACACAACUAUAGAAACACGCCAUCACGCAACUGCCACGAAAACAAGCACUAAAAUAACCGAAUUGUUGGGCCUAACGAACAUGAUGGUCCAGUGCACCACAAUGGGAGGGUUUUUUUUUUGCUAGUGCUUUCUAUUUCAUGAUGUUCUCGAACGUAUACCACAUAAACAAUUACAUCGUCAGGCAAGUACACUUUGGAGACCACGAUUCGAAACACCCUCUAAUGCAAAUAUGUUUUAUGUAUUUUCAGGUUGUAGUAUAAGUCAUGUAUGGUUGGAUUCCUAUAGAAGUAAGUGGUCUAGCCUUUUGUGGUAACACGUAUUCGCUAAAUCAACUCAAUAGACUGG